AUGGAGCAAAUGGCGCCAGAGUCGGUGGCAGUGGUCUUGUCCUUGAGCUGCUUGAGUGGAGUCAUCGGUGUCAUUGCGGGCUUCGGCCCUGGGAUCGUCUUCACUACAGGUAUGUUGCUGUGCGGAGCCUUGGGACUCGACAUGGGGCCUUUGGACCAGCUUGCCGCGAUGUUUGUGUUCUUUGACCUCGCCACGGUCUUUCCUGCCUGGACAUUGAGAGCGAGUCUUGACUGGCGCUUCUUGCUGGCAGUGUGGAUUCCGUGGACGGUCUUCGAGCUGCUGGGGACCGCUGUCUUGGUCUGGAACACGACGUCGCCCUGGUUCAAGCGCUCCUUCGGCUUGUUCCUUCUUACAAUCCUUGUCCUUGAGCUCAACAUACAGCGACUGAGGUGCGGGAGGCCGCAGUCGCAGGAGCCCACAGGCUUUGACGUGCGAAGAGGACGAUGCCUCGCUGCUGCCGUCUUGCUGGGCACCUUUGGUGGUCUGAUGAAAGGCAUGUACAACGUCCCCCUGCCGGCGAUCAUCGUCUUUGUGCUCUUCUCCGGCAUAGACAAAGACAUGUGGCGUGCGAACUUCGUCUGCCUGGUAUGUCUCUCGGCACCGAUGAAGGCGAUCUUCCUCUUUGUCGUGGAAGAGAAGUUCGUCGAAGCCAGGGUCGGCUCGUAUGCAGCUGCAGCUGCUGGGGUGCUCAUCGCGACGCCCAUUGCAAACUACUUGGCAAAGUUUGUGGACCCACAAGUGUUUAAGGAUCUGGUUCGCGCGUUGACUUUGAUAGGAGCCGCCUCGAUGCUGGCAGUAGGCACGCCCUUUGCUGCCUGGGUAACACUGGCAGUUGCCGGCUGUGCCGUGGCGAUGAUCCUCCUGAAGCGGUGGCUUGCCGCACGGGCGUCCGGUGCCAAGGAUGCGCAGGGCCCAUGCGAAGAGCCGGAGGCUCCGAAGCCGUGCAACUCAGAGUCUCCAGGGGAGUACCCAGAGGAGUCUCCAGCUAAGGCCGCGGUCUAA